GUAGGGUGGAGACCUGAGAGGCCUUGAAGCACCUUCCGUGUGCAGGGAAUCCGGCUGGCCUGUAGGGAGGCGGGGACGCGGCCGACGCUGACCCGGGGGCUGCAGGCCCGCGAGGGAAGUGCCCGCAGGGACGCUCGGAUUGCCCGGGCCCGGGGGCGUGCCGCGGUCCGUCUGGGUUUGUCUAGAAGGGAGCGGCUGUGACUGUUACCGUUUUUCUUUUACCGCGAAGGACACUUAGGUUCCUAAUAGACGUUCCUGGAGGGCUUCCUAGCGGGGCCCGGGCCCAAGGAGGAGAUGGAGGCAGCGAAAACUGGGUGUCCGGACGACGAGACCAAAAGAGAGGGAAGGAUUCGGCUGCAAGGAACUGGAUAGAGCAGAGACGAGAGUUAGCGCAUAGUCGGAGGGCCCUGAGGAAGAAGAGAGAGCAAUCUGAGUAAUGAUGAGAAAAAUGAAAUCAGGGGUUUUAGCUCACUUGGAAGGACUAGAGGCUCAGAUGAACAGAGCCUGUAAACGGUCUGAAAAACCAUGGAGAGUUCAGGCAAGGGAAAGUGCUCUUGGAACCAAGAUUCGUGAACUGAGACGCUUGCGAGACAAGCUGAAGGCUGAAGUGAAACGGCGGCAGCAAACCACAGAGAAAGCUUCUUUGGCCAGUACAGAAUGUGACCAAACAGUGGAGACCAGAGAGCAAGAAGCUUUGGAAAGGAAACGGGAAAGCGUGAAAGCCAUCCUGCAGGCGUAUCGCUUUACAGGGCUCAGUGGAAAACUGACCAGCCGCGGGGUGUGUGUCUGCAUCAGCACUGCUUUUGAGGGGAACCUCCUGGAUUCCUACUUUGUGGACCUUGUCAUAGAGAAGCCACUCCGGAUUCACCACCACUCCAUUCCAGUCUUCAUCCCGCUAGAAAAGAUAGCUGCAAAAUACCUGCAGACUGACCUUCAGCACUUCCUGUUCAGUCUGUGCGAGGCCCUAAAUGCUUACUCUGGGAGAAAGUACCAGGCAGAUCGGCUGCAGGGGGAGUUUGCAGCCUUUUUGACCGGACCCUUGCAGAGAAACUCCCUGUGCAACCUGCUGUCCUUCACCUACAAAGUGGAUCAGUCCUCCUCGUUCCGUGCCAGAUUGCUGUAUGAGGACCUCACUGUGACUCUCCCAACUGACGUCACUGUUACACCCCAAGGGACAGAAGCGCUGUCCGCUUUGCGGGAAGAGCAGCGGGCAGCCCACGAGGCUUUGUUCCGCACAGAGCCCCUGCAUAAGGUGUUUGCUUCAUUCGCCAGAGAAGAGGAGCUGAGUGUGAGCGUGGCCUCCUGACGGGCUGUGCGUGGGCCAGCCUGCAGCUGCAAGCCCGUGCUCUGUGUCGGCCCUGUGCCCUGGCGACAGCUGCUGCUUCAUCAGGAUGACGGGCAGGGAGUCUGAAUCCCUGACACCCUGGCCACUGGUUAGAAUGCUCAGAAUCGUGGUGUUUUUCUGUGGUAUUUAUUUGAUCAUGUAUCCUAGCUGAAAAUCUGAAUGGGUUGGAGGCCAGACGUUCAGUGAAACACUAAAGGAAAUUUCCAUUGUUUAUGGGAGCUUUGAAUAUUCUGCCCCAUUUUCCUAAGACUUUCGACAAGGAAGUUCUUAGAACAGUUGGUUCACAAUUGUGUUAAUCUUUGGUUUAGAUCAGUGUGUAUUCUAGGCUACAUGUUUUAUAAAGACUGCAGCGUGGUACAAUACUGUCACUCUGAGAAUGCGCAGUUAGAACCUGCCCGUAACCUCACUGUUGAGAAGGAAGCAGCCCCACUCCGGGUCCCGGUCCCUCUGCACCCGCCCGCCGCGGCCCUGAACCCCUGAACCGUCACCCGCCUUCUGAGCCUGCAGUGCUGCCAGUUCCAGACAGCUGGGGAAACUGGCGGGUCCCGUCCUCCCCACAACGGCUGCCCCAGCCCAGCGCUGGCCUCAGGCUUCACUGGGACAUGAGCACUCUGGGUCAGGCCCCGCUCACGAGGCCCCGCAUGGCAGGGCCCCGGGUACCUGGGUGGGUACUGGGCGGUGGGCCACCUAGCUGUGCCGAGUUCUCCCACAGAAUUGCAGUCUCCCACUGAAGUUGAGUAAAGCUUUUAAUAAAACAGUCUUGUUCUUUGUCGA